AUGGGCAAACACAGUGAUAAUCAGGCCCCAAAAGUGACCUCCAGUGCUGACGAGAUUCGGAAACAAAAGCCCAGCGCAGAGAUGAACAACAACGAAAACAACGAAAAUGAAAGUCACAUACAAUUGCUUCCUGAAUUGGGUGACAAGGUUCGAUCGCAUCACGAUUCUUCCAUACGAAGUAACCGGACAACGCAUUCUUCACGUUCUCGUAGUCUCAGCACCUCUUCUGAGAGGUCAUCGGAACAACGUUCCAGGCGGUCCAGUCUGAACUCUUCUCAGAACACUGAUCCUGUGGUGCAUUCCUCAAACGGUUCUCAGCGCCCCAAUGGAAGUUCGGGUAGACGAAAUCGAACCACUGGGGGUGACUCCAGAUCGCACAGCCUUGGAAAAUCAGAGAGGUCAGCUUCUUCCAGAGGAGGACGGCAGUCUCGAAGGAGCAGCAGCCACAGCAGGAGUAGCGCUGGAGCCGCAAGUGGUUCGUUCCAUGUAAGCCAAAGACGACAAAGUUCUUUGUCGUCCUCCUCUAGAGGACAAAGAAGGUCAUCCUCUGGGGCUGGUGCAGCAAGUGGUUCUUUUCAUGUUAGUCAGCGGCGGAACAUUUCCUUAUCCUCAACAUCAUCCCCGUCUAGGGGACAAGUUUCAUCCACCACGAGAAGAAGGACAUCCUCAGGUGCUGGUGCACCAAGUGGGCCGUUUCACGUGAGUCAGCGACGAAACAUUUCUUUGUCCUCAGCAUCAUCGCCUCCUAGAGGACAAGUUUCAUCCACAAGAGGAAGGGCUUCGUCUAGUGCUGGUGCAGCGUGUGGUUCUUUUCAUGUUAGUCAGCGACGAAACAUUUCAUUGUCCUCUCACUCUCCAACUAGAAGGAGCAACAGUGGCCAUAGAAGAAGACAAACAACAGGACGCUCGAGAUCAUCGUCUCAGGGCUCGGAACCCAAUAUCGCUGUUACCAGAGACGAUUCCAUGCCGGAUCUUGCCACGAUUAGUUCUGGUGCUUCUCCAGCAAAUCUUCAAGAUCUCAUUAUUCCUGGAGCCUUUCAUACUGAUAGUCACGAUGAUGGAAUUAGUGUACUAUCCGGAUCUACUCAUCAUCGACAUGAUGGUGACAGCACUACUGGUGGUUCUUCUGCCAACAACAACGAAAAUGAAGCAUCAUCAAGAUCCGCAUUACGUUCCGUGUCUGAGAAUCAUAGAGAGCAACCUGUUGUGGAAGCAACAACUGUUGCACAAGACUACGAAGACGAAUUGGAACAGGCCCGAGAACAAGGUAGACGUGAAGCCCUAAAUCGAUUCACAAGUCGACCUGAAACCGAUGACAUUGCGGUUGCUGUAGCAACAGGCAGUGCUGAUGGUGACGAUGAUGAUUUCAGCAAAGACGAUGACGAAGCCACAGACGAAAAGCGAAAGAAAACUAUUUUAUGUUAUGUCGCACUUCUUUGCUGCAUCAUCAUUGCAAUUGGAACGGUAGGAACUCUACUUUUGUUUGGUGGAGGAAACAGCGACCCGAUUCCACUCGUCUUUGAUGACGAAGAUCUCGAGUCUAAUCUUAAGGGUGUUAUUGUCUACACCCCUCCGACUCAAGAAGAAUGUGAAGACAUUGCCAAUGGUAUGGUUAGAGAAGACCAACAAAAGCUAAUUCAAAAGUCUUUUGAUAUCCAGAUUGAUAUCACAUUGGAAGCUGAAGCUGACUUUGGUCCUUUGCUAAGUGAUCUCAUUCGGCACAUUCAAGAGAAGCUAUUACCAUUAAUGGCAGGUUGCGGGGCCAUCAACUUUUUCGAUGCCACAAUGGCAAUUGCGGGUGACCUUACUAAUACUACAGAAGCCAUUACCAAUGGACAAGUGAAGCCCAGCAAAGAAAAAUCUUGUGCCAAUCGUCCUAUUGAGAACUGCAAAAGCUAUGUACUUAUCUUGGACUUGUAUUUGGAGGAAGAUAGGUCAAAUGCAGUCCUUCUUGAGGCAAUCGGAUCCACGGUCACUUCUGAAGAAAUUACCAAAACAAUGGGAAGCAUCUAUCCCGUGCAGACGGCAUCCGUUCCAAUGAUCGAACCCGCCAUGGAUGAUGACACUCCAGCUACAACUACUCCCACUGAAGAUCCGUCAAAAGAAGCUGAAACGAGCCCCCCGCUUCCCACACCCACUGCGGUACCUGCCACCGAUGCACCGGUGAUCGAUGUGGAAACUACUACUGCGCCAGCUCCGGAGCCAACGUUUCCCGAUGAUUUUAACACGACAAGUCCACCAACAAAGGCACCAACAACAUCUCCUACCACUGAAGCUACCCCAAGUCCGGUUCCAAUCCCAGGAAACAAUCCUACAGUCGCCGCUACCAUGAGCCCAACGAAGGAGCCGACACGAAGCCCAACAACGAGUCCUACGAAGAAUCCUUCCAAACUUCCAACUGUGCCCCCUACGCCACCUCCAACCACGGCCCCCACUCCACCUCCAACCAUGGCCCCCACUCCACCUCCAACCGUGGCCCCCACUCCACCUCCGACCGAAGCUCCCACCCCGCCUCCUACAAAAGCACCAACCAAGGCUCCCACAGAGGCACCCACUGAACCCACAACUGGUACCUUUUGUUGUUCCAGGAACUUUCUCAACUGCGGCGGAGUCGAUGAUGAAUGCCAGGAGAGUCAAGCCUCCUGUGAAGCCUGCGCCUCUGUUUGGAUUGAAGAAGGCUCCUGCACUGAGCUUGGCCGAAACGAUGAUUGCACGGAUAAUGAAUCUGGUUGCUGUGCCGGCAUAUGCACACCUCAGGGAAAUGGGAGAUCGCAAUGCCGUCUGUAA